UGGAAGAGGAUGACCCAACACAGACAUCAGCUGGUGAGACGCAGCCUUGAGUGGAACAGCAGAAAACCGGUUGCUGUACAGUGCAUCUGGAAUCAGUGACACCUGAGAACCUGUGUCAAUGAGCAUCUCACAGUCUGCAGAAGCAUCAUCAGCUGUUCUGACAGCCGCCAUGCUGGCCGUGACCCUGGCCGAUGGAGGUCACGGUUACCAUGGUUACCAGACCGAGCACGUCGGCUACCAGAAGGUGCGCACCGUGGUCAAACACCACCCGUACCCGGUGGUGAAGCGCGUGCCCUACGAGGUCGUCAAGCCGGUGCCCGUCUACCGUCCCGUCUACAACACCGUCUACAAAAAGGUGCCCCAGCCGUACCAGGUCGUCAAGCACGUGCCCGUCGUCAAGCACGUGCCAGUGGUGAAGCACGUGCCGGUGGUGAAGCACGUGGAGGUGGUGAAGCACUACCCGGUGGUGAAGCACCACUACCGCGAGGAGAAGGUGCCCGUCAAGGUGCCCGUCUACGUCGAGAAGCCCAAGUACGGCCACGGCCAUCACUAGGAAAUAAAAGUGAAUAUUUGGAGAAUGUAGAUCAUUGCGAGUGUCAUCAUAUUUGUACGUUUUUGUGUGCUUACAUGGACGAUGAAAAUAAACUGUUUU